AUGAAGAUUACAACAGUUUUGUGGUAUAUCGCGCUAGUUUUCGAGUCCAAAAGUGUCAACGCUUCCGUCCAGAACCAUGACUACGUUAUCGGAACCGAGCUGCUCAAUCAACAAACCGGUCAAAUACCUCACAACGAGCGGGGCUUCGUGUGCCCGGAACCGAACCCGGCCAUCGAUUGCAGCUGCAUGUACGCCAUCACCGAUUACGAGAUCCAGUGUCCGGUGGUGAAUCCGGAAAUCACCGUCAAGAUCAAGCCCCAAGCGUACGCGCAAGUACAGUGCUACGACCGGCACGAUCUGCACGCCCUUCCAGCGCUGAAGUCCGGCAAUACCACGCAAGUCAAGGUGAUCCACUGUCCUCUACCGGAGGACAAGUCUAUCAUGCAGCUGGUAAGUUUCCUUGGCGUAGAAAAUGUUAAGGACUUUUGGUACCAAAACUACGGUAGGAGCCUCGGAAUGCGGAUAAUGCGACCACACUUUGAGGGCAUGCAGGGUCUGGAGAAAUUGUACCUCAGUGCCGGAGUUGACUACAUCCAACCGGACUUGUUUGCCGAUCUGACCAACUUAAAGUGGUUAAUUCUACGAGGUAACAACCUGAAGCGUUUGGCAAGCGUGUUUGAUAAUUUGACUGAAUUGGUAAUUCUGGAGCUCGGUGCCAAUCAGAUUACGGAACUUGAAGCCGGACUCUUUUGCAAGCAAGGUAAGCUUCGGCACUUGAAUCUCUGGCACAACGAGUUGCGAACUGUCACGAAGGAGACGUUACGUGGAGUGGAGUUGCUGGAAGAAUUGGAUUUGUCUGUGAAUCUCCUGGAAUCGAUUGAAGUCGAUGUAUUUGCCCAGCUAAUGGAGUUGUCUGCUCUGAAUAUUGGAUUCAAUCAGCUUCGCAGCAUUCCUGCUGGAUUAUUAGCGGAAAACCACAAAUUGAAGGAGUUCAAAUUUAUCAACAAUCGCGUACCGAUAGAUGUCCUACCAGGUGAUCUGUUCAGCAAUCACCCGGAAUUGAAAACCGUAAUUGUCAGUCGAAGCGGGUUGAGCCAAGUUCCGGGUUCACUAUUCUACGGAUCUACCGGAAUAAAACAAAUUGAUUUGAGUUACAAUCGUUUGGGAUUACUACCGGGGAAACUGCUACGCGAUCAGCAUUGGCUUCAGGAAGUGAAUCUGUCGUUCAACGAACUGGAAGUGAUCCCGGAAGAAUUGUUCGAGAAUACGGCAGAACUGGUUUCGCUGGAUCUGUCGUUCAAUCGAUUGCGUAAUCUCUCCGCAAGAGUGUUUGCUUCACUGGAUAAACUCACCGAAUUGCAUCUGGAGCACAAUCUACUGCAGGCAAUCGAUUUGUUUACAUUUACCGGCACCGGAAGUUUGGAAAAACUUUACAUGCAAAACAAUCAUCUAGACUAUCACGGUAGCAACGAUAAAUCUCCGUUCCAGUACAUGAACAACCUGCGCAUCCUGAAUCUCAAGAACAACAGCAUCAGCACAAUUCUGCACGACUGGAACUAUAACACCCUACAGCUUCGAGAGCUGGACCUAAGUUACAACAACAUCGUCCAGUUAUCGUACCUCAAUCUGCACUUCAUAUCCCGAGAUAUUCGAAUCGACCUAAGCCACAACCAAAUCUCCCGCAUUGACAUGAAAGAGUACCGAAUACCCGCUUUGAAACGCCCAGGUAAAUCCGGUAAAAUUCAGGUCAAUAUCAACGCGAAUCCACUAGAUUGCAACUGCCACAUUCUAUCCUUCGUGCAGUACCUGCAAAGUGACAAGGUGUCCACUAGACGAAUUCAAUUUUCCUCUGACGAUCUUCACUGUAUUCAACCAGUGCAUCUCCUUGGUACGCAAGCCAAUCAUCUAUCAACCAGGGAACUGGUCUGCCAACUGAACCAGCCAAUCUGCCCAGCUAAUUGCAGCUGUUUCCAACGACCCAUCGAUUACGGAGUCAUCGUCAACUGCUCCGGACUUGAACUCAUGCAAGUUCCUAGCUUACCUCAGCCCGACACGUUUGGCUAUGGUUUCAUCGAGCUGCACGUCCAAGACAAUCUACUUUCGGAUCUUCCUACGGAAAACCUGGAAGGCUUCACAGCGGUUGCCGAGCUGUAUGCUCGCAAUAACUUUAUCAAAAGCCUACAACCAGAGAAUCUUCCAGGUAAUCUCCGGGUGCUGGAUUUGUCAAUGAACAAACUGAUGUCACUGGAUUUCCGAACAAUUCACGCACUUAAUGGCAGUCAUCAGCUGGAAGGAUUGCAACUGGGAGGGAACCCCUGGCAGUGUGAUUGCGAUUCGUCGCAAUUCCUGAAUUUCGUUCAACAAAGCUUCCAGUUGAUAACGGACAUCAACCAAAUAACAUGCGACAGCGGAGAACGGCUUGUUGCCAUUUCCGUAAGUGACCUGUGCAAGGAACGGUGGAUCAUGAUCAUCGCCAUCUGCCUGAGUAUCCUGAUGUUGGGUCUCCUCGUCGGGAUCUUGACGUCCCUGUGCUUUGCCUACCAUAAUGAGAUCAAAAUUUGGCUCUUCAACCGCAAUCUGCUGAUGUGCUGUGUAUCGGAACACGAACUGGACAAGGACAAACAGUUUGAUGCGUUCAUAUCCUACUCGCACAAGGACGAGGAUUUUGUGGCGAAUACUCUGGUUCCGACGCUGGAGCAGCCGCCGAUGAACUUCCGAACCUGUUGGCACGUUCGCGAUUGGAUGCCGGGCGAGUUGAUCGCCGAGCAGAUGACCAAUUCCAUCAGCGAAUCCCGCCGAACGAUUGUGGUGCUAUCGAAGAGCUUCCUGGAAUCCGUUUGGGCCCGGAUGGAGUUCCGGACGGCGCAUCUGAACUCGAUUGCCGAGCGGCGCACCCGGGUGAUUGUGAUCCUGUACGAGCACGUCGGGGACAUUGAGCAAUUUGAUGCGGAUUUGAGGGCGUACCUGAGGAUGAAUACCUACAUCCGGUGGGGUGAUCCGUGGUUCUGGGAUCGGUUGAGGUACGCAAUGCCGCAUUCGCCGAAAGCGUUGGAAGGUGUGAGGCCUACCAGGAGCUACGACAUUGGGGCGAUCGAAGAUAGGUUGGAGCUGUCAAAGCCACAGAUGAUCGCAAUGGAAGAGUAUCGAGGGUACGUGAAUCCGACGUUUAGCCGUUCGUUGGGAAUGGCGAUGGAUGAACUGGGAGGUAAUGUUAACUUUGGGCUGAUUGAACGGAUUGACAGUAGGUGUUUGGAUGAGUUGUUCAUUGUUAUCACAAAAGAGAGUGAGGUUUAA